GCCGGAAAGGACCGAUGUUUGGGGAGCACACGUCACUCACUUUUUUUUUUCUUUACCCCAAAAUAAUUGGCGCCCACCACCAUUCCAACAUUUUCCUCCGGCUAAUAGUGUCACUAUCCCUUCCUUGCUCGACGAGUGGUAUGCGGAAGGACGACGGCGUUCUCCGUGGGUGAUUGUUUUCCGUGCGGAGGGAGACAGACAGACAGGCGGCCGGACUCGCUUUCGCCUUUUGGCUCGGCGGCGUUGGUGAAAAUGGCCCCGGCUAACCACUGGAAAACAGCACGCAGCAAUGGAAGCGAGCGCUAGCUGCUAGCUCGUAUCUAAUAGCUAGCUCGGCUCGAAGAAGAAGAAGAAGAAGAAGAAGAAGGCGUGACAGGCCGCAUCGGUCUUCUACGCUCUCAAGGCCCAGGAUUGAUACUUUUCACGAAAAUGAGAGUCGGCCCUAAGUGCGAUAUAAUAACGCCCUUGUUCAUCAGUCGGGGAUCGUGUUCUGCAAAAAGACCUUGGGAUCGAUUGGCGGAAACGGUAAGAACUGAAGAGCAUCAGGGUCUUCUUGGCUGAACACAGAUGAGGAAUCUCACUUAGAUCAAGGAAAAUGUCAAUGCAGUAACUCACAAAGGAAACAAGAGGAAGUCUAUUGAACUGCUUCGCUAUAAGUUAUUGGUCGCAAUUUUGAAGUUAGAUGCAACACUUUUUUCUUUUUUUAUUUAUUUAUUUAUUUUUUUUAAGAUUCUGAGCUUCCCAGCUACCCCACUGCUUUUGGAAAUAAAUUGUGAGCAGUGGAUGAUCGAGAGUACCAACAGCUGAUUUUGUACUGUCCAGAUAAGAAACUUUUAACUGACAUUCAAGUGUGUCUGGACAAAACAUUUUCACAAAAGCGUCUAGUUUUUUUAUUUUUUAUUUCACCACUCUGUCUUGGGACUCUUGUUGCUGCUUCUAGCACUGGAGGUUUGGCCUUGUACCCCCCCAUGUGCAUUUGAGUGGGAAAUGUUCCAAUUUGGAAAAUACAAUUUGGACAUUAUAGAAAUGUUAAGUGGGCACCAGGCCCACCAGUUUAAAGGCAUUGGUUUAGACCGACAACUGCAGCAUCAGCAGCAAGUGCAACUCCACCAGCACCAACUGCAGCAGCAGCAGCAGCAGCAAGCUGAGUCGUCUGGAGCUCUUCUGUCUGGACUUGGCUUGGGCCCCCUGCAGGGGUCAAGAGGCUACCAUGAAGACCACCGUUCUCAAGGUAAUCCGUCUCCAUGCUACUCUGGUGCCUCCCCCUGUGGAAGUGGGAUGGCCGGCCCAGCUCUGAGAAAGGCACCCCUGGCCCCAACACUGCAUCCACACUCUCAGAGCCACAACCAGCACCAUCAUCCGCAACAACAGCCCCACCUGCCCCUCUCCUCUCUUCUUGAUGACUCAGAGGAUGAUGUCACUAGCUCCGUCAAUAAUGCGAUCUCUGCUAUCACUGCAGCAACUGGAAAUAGAGAUGACAGGGGAGACAUCAUAGGAGGUCUACUUGGUGGUCUUGGUCUCGGCCCUCUGGGUUCACCAUCAACAUCUGGCAUGGAUAAGAAUUUCCGAGGUGGUGGCAACCAGGAGGCGUUGAGCAACAAUCCACAGAAUACUGCUGCAAAGCCCAAACGUCCCCGCAAACCCAGAGCCAAGAAAGAACCAGCAGUCGAUGGGCAGCCCCCUAAACGUAGGCAGUACACUCCGAGAAUGGGAACCGGUGGGCUCCCACGCACUCACCUCUGCAGUGUCUGUGGUAAGGGUUUUGCACGUCGCGAGACUCUACGCAGGCAUGACCGCAUACAUACCGGAGAAAAGCCUCAUCACUGCACUGUUUGUGGAAAGUAUUUUAGAGAGGCUUUCCACCUUAGCAAGCAUCAAACAGUUCACUCUGGGGCAAAGAAUUACAAAUGCAGCAUCUGUGGGAAGGAGUUUGGUUACUCCCAGAGCCUGAGGAGGCACAGCAAACUCCACCAGAAAGGGGAGAUUGAAGAGGUGCCCACAACACCAGCUGCAGAGAAUAUAAACAGCUUUAAUCCGAACCCUCAAUGCAGUGUGACCCAAGACGGGAGCCAAAACCAAGUACCAAGCACCUCCUCCUAUUACUCUUAUCCUCAAGAUGUCAAGCCUCAAGAUACCCAGCCACAUUCACUGCCUCCGCCUCGUCUUUACACCUGUGCUAUAUGCUGGAAGUCGUUCCGCCACCACUUCCAUCUGACUGCUCAUCACCAGACGGUUCAUGAAGGUGGGGGUGAAAAGCAUUUCUGCUGUGAGGUAUGUGGGAAAGCGUUUGCUUACUCAAAUAGCCUGACUCGACACAGGCAGUCCCAGCAUGGAAUCACCCGAGGUGAAACAUCUAACCCUCAAGAAGGCAGCAGUGGGUCUGGAGACAACCGGGGAGGGACUGAUGUGAACCAGUCGACGUCAGAAAGCGAGGCCGCCACCAAUGCUCUACUGCAAAUGGCCCCAUCUACCGACAGCCAUGGGGCUCCAAGUCUUAAUGUUGUCACUCAUGGCCACCAACAGGCACCACCGCAACCACCAGCUGGCUACUCUCCCCUCUUUUAUGAUGCUACAGCAGCCCAGUCUUCAGCCUCCAGUGCCCCAUCUUACUCGCAGCCUCUGCCCCCCAAUUCUACAAUCAUGCCCCCCCACCAUCCGCACUCCCCGGCCGGGGUGAAAGGAGAGCACAUAUAUCCAGCCGGAUCCCGCAGCCGUACUCUACACACCACAGCCCCGUUCCAGCCCCUUACGGAACUGCCCUCCACCGAACAUCACCAUCUACAUCAUCAUCACCAUCACCCCCACCAUCAUCCUCAUCAUCAGUCAGGUGCCCAGCUCCAACAACACCUCGACUGCAGCAACCAGUUGCCGCAUGAUGAAAUCAGACGACACAAGAAGAAAAAAAAAAAGUCAGAUAGGAGAGAGUGGCGGGAUAAUAAGUAUGAAUCCCAAGACUUAGUCAGAUUUGAUGGGAGCCAAAAGAAGAGAAAGAUAAGUUGUACUGUAAGAGGGCAGUUGAACAAAAAACAAGGCUCUCUUCGCUUGACCAUUAGGCGGGGAGAAGGAUCUGGUGGCGGUGGGUAUAAACUUGUCAACACUGGGGGAGUGAAGGUUCAGAUCCUGUCGUCCUUAAAAGUUCCUGUGAAGCGUUUUGGCUGUCCUGUAUGCCCCAAUUCAGUGUUCUCUCGCAAAGCGGGGCUCCUAGUCCACAUGGCAGUUAGACACCCACGAAAAGCAAGAACCACUCGAGAGCGACUUCAGUGCAGUGUAUGUGGGAAGCAAUCUCAGAGGGCUAUGGCAGCUUUUGUCCAUCGGGCUUCUCAUCGUGCCAGAGGGACCUUCUCCUGCCAGUGCUGCUCCGCUCGUUUCUGGAAUGGUACACUUCUCCAAAGACACAAGGGUUCCUGCCGCCGCAUUGCUAAGGGAGCACAGGAAGGCGAUGCCAAGAAGCCGACGCUAUUAAAGAGACCGGGAGAAAGACAGACCCGAGAUGGUCAGGGCGACAUGCCAUACCAUCCACUGGGAUCAUAUAGAUACUGAGCAUCCUGGUACCUCAUGUGACAACAUGAUGACAAUAAAGGGACUUGGAAAAGGAAUAGUCGUUUUUGGACUGAUGACUUUAGGACUGAGUGUGGUAACAACUACUGAAAAGCAUCCUAUUAAAUCACCUGAAAUGCUUCCAGAUUCUUUUGGAAUGUCUUUCAAAAAUGUGACUGUUUCCAUAGGAUCACUAACCCCUUAAGUGCAUUGACACUAUGCUUGGCAGACACUGUGCAGUCACUAAGCAAGUAUAGAUAAUGUUACCUGCACAUGUAUCUCCCCUGCCUAUAUUCUAACUAGCAACCCUGCUACACACCCUUUUGCUGUAUGAUAAACUGUCUCUCUGCUGUGUACUUUGUCUGGUUCAUGUAGCAGCUCUGAGGAGUUUUUUUAAUAUGUAAAGUGCUUUUAUUAGGAGUAGGGACGUUGGGAUGAAGAUAUUUGUUAAUUUGUCAGUGCAUGUUUGUUCUCUAGUCAAUUUUUUUUUUUGCUGAGGUGAUAUGUGAUGGCUUAUUCAAGUAUAUCCCAGAAGUUUGUAGUGUGAACUUGAUUUAAGGGUUUCUCCUAGACGCCCGCCCUAGUGAUUAUAAUCACAUAUCGAUAAAAAUGUUGAUGGUAAUUAGUAUAAAGGGUCUCCUGCCAAGAUGAAGGAACAAAAAGCCUUGCUUUUUAUGUUUACUUCAUUUAUUUCAAAAUUUUCUUAGCUUUUAUACCAAGGGAUAGAAGGACAAGUAUAACAAGUUUGUCUCAUGUUAUUUGUAUGCUCUUUUUAGCAGUGAUUAUUUCUACAGUGCUUCACAUUGUGCUAAAGACAAGGACCUAUUCUCCAAGCAAAUGUACAAUUCCAUGUAUUUAUGUAACUGUCUUCAUACCAACCUUAGACUGAACCUCAACCAUUUAGUGUGUGCUGAGUUGCAAUCAUGAUCUUGUCACCCUUUUUUUCUUCUAAAGAAAUCAAUUUCCUCACAUAUGAAUUGUCCAUGCCUGUUUUACACUUUUUUUCUUCUAAAGAAAAAAAAAUAUAGUUUUAGUAGAUUUCUAUCUCUUUAUUUACCGAAAAGCCAGUAGUUGAUUAUAUUUGAAAUGAAUAAACCUUGCGUGUAAUAAUUGCUUUUCUGUUCUUGUUCAAAGCAAUGCAGAAAACUAUACAAUUACAGUAACAAAUAUACAACCCCAAUUCCAAUGAAAUUGGGACGUUGUGUUAGACAUAAAUAAAAACAGAAUACAAUCAGUUGCAAAUCAUGUUUGACCUAUAUUUAAUUGAAUACACUAUAAAGACAAGAUAUUUAAUGUUAAAACUGAUAAACUUUGUUUUUAGCAAAUAAUCAUUAACUUAUAAUUUUAUGGUUGCAACAUGUUCCAAAAAAGCUGGGACAGGGUCAUGUUUACCACU